AUGUCCUUGUUGUCGCAGCUACCCACGCUCUCUUCUGAAGAUACCAGAGAAUUCCUAGAAGCAGCUUUUUGUGCUGAAUAUCGCAUCAUUUAUGUAACGCUGAGUAAAGGAAAUGCAGAUUGCGAUGAGGACGGACGUCGAUGCCGUUCAAAGAGUCUGACGUACUGUGGCACAAGGGCCUCGAUAUGGAAGGUUGCGCGAAUCUUCAACAUCGACUCUAUGCAAUGCCUACAAUGCCUACAACAACUACCUCCUUGCCUUCCUUCUAUCCUUCUGUUGUCCUCUCAUAUACUCCCCUUAUCUGCUACGUAUCUCCUACCUGCACCGUCAGACCUUAUCUCCAUCACCGUGGCUCCUCCGUUCCGAGGUGUAACUCGGUCCCGUAACACCUUUUCCCUGCUGCGUUACCUCUUUCCCAACACCCAUCGACGUGCGCGUGAGAGGUUCCUGGGCUUCCGACACGAAUACAUCCCUCGACUUAAGCUACGAGCACAGUCCCGUAUUUACCAAGCCAUCGUCCGUAGCCAGCGAAGGAAACAAGAGAAAAGAGCGGCAGGGAGAGGUCUUGUGCCCUUCAUUCAGCGAAGGAAGAGCCGCAUCUUGCGUGCAUUGUAUGGCAAACACCAUGCUCGUACCAGAAGCUCGUCAAGUGCGAGAUCAGCCGAUCAGAUGACCAGCUAUGGCCAGCCUGGCGCGAGGGUGCCAGGCUCGAGGCGUGAGAAGGUGCGGGGGUACCUGAAGGCGGCGAACGAGUUGAGACAGAUAUACCAAGAGCAAAUCACGCAGAAAAUGCAGGGGAGUGAGACUGAUGGGAGCAUGCCUGGAGAUUUCCCAGAUGUGGAUAUCGUUAGAAGCGGUAACGAGGAGAUGCUAUUGUUCCCAAGUUACGCUACGAAACACCGGAAAAGUAGGAUGAACCCGACAGAUGCCGGCAGAUAUCCGCCAGGAACACACGAGUCAGUAGAGUCACCACACAGCACUGGAGAUGCAGAGUAUUGGAAGAGGGAAUGGGAAAAGUACGAGGAUGCCAACGCUGUUGUAGACGUCGAUGUUCGGGGAUGGAUCUACUCUCCACAAGCUGGUCCCUUGAACAGAAAGAAUCGUCUUCUCUUGGCCGUAGCCCGGCGUUUGAGUGGUGUUUAUGCCCCUUUGACAGAUCAAACAUCGUCUCGGGCUUCCAGUCAAGGGCUGCCUGGCCAGGAAAGGCGUGAGGACAGCCCUUCUCGUUUUGAAGAUGAAAUUGCGGCCAGAGAAGCCGAGAAUAUUGCUCGUCACGGCGAGAUCGAGGCUGAUGCGGCUCAACGGGGAAGCUACAGUCAAGCGAGCGGAAACGGGGAACAUGGUCAGGGCAGUCGAAAUGGGUCUUUGACGCAACACAACAACCUCAUUACAGAAACCUCGUCACAUCAAGAUCCCGGGCAGGAUUCACUCAAAAAGCGCGAAUCCUGGAACGAACCUGCAAACAUGAACCGUGAAGAAUUGGCGGCUGCUAACCAACUGCUGCUCACGAGAUUAAAACCAUUCAUGACAACGCCUGUGGCCAACACUCCUAUCACGGUAUUCUUUUUCAACGACCAAAAGUCUGCGUCAAAGUCGGUGACGACAGAUGAGUCUGGACAUUUUAACCUGCGUGCGGCAUUGGAUUUCGUCCCUGCUCAGGUCAGAGUCCUGGCUUCGGACAAACUAUCUGCCACCGAAGAAGUGAUUGUGACAGAGAGUCAAGGUAUCAGUCUGAUCAGCGACAUUGAUGACACAGUCAAGCAUUCAGCCAUUGCCAGUGGUGCAAGGGAAAUAUUCAAAAACACAUUCAUUCGCGAACUGGGCGACCUGACUAUCAAGGGCGUGAAGGAAUGGUAUGCUAAAAUGGCGAGUAUGGGGGUCAAGCUCCACUAUGUGUCAAAUUCUCCCUGGCAAUUAUAUCCUCUGCUGCGAAGCUAUUUUGCUCUGGCAGGCCUUCCAGCUGGCUCAAUCCAUCUUAAGCAGUACUCUGGAAUGUUGCAGGGCAUCUUUGAACCCGCUGCGGAGCGGAAGCGAGGCACGAUCAAUCGGCUGAUGAAUGAUUUUCCCGAUCGGAAGUUCGUCCUGGUUGGAGACAGUGGGGAAGCCGAUCUCGAGGUUUACACUGAUGUCGUCUUAGAAUAUCCGAAGCGGAUUUUGGGCGUCUUCAUCCGCGAUGUGACAACGCCCCCCAACAAGGGGUUUUUUGAUCAAGCCAUUUCGAACACCACCCCAGACUCUAUGAUAUCUUCUAACGAUGGGAGCCGUCUUCCUCGGUCAAAUCAGCUAAACGAAGAUAAUGAAGACAGACCUGCCUUGCCUACAAGACCCAAGCCGGAACACAAAGCUCAUUCUAUGCCACCACGGGAAGAGGACCUGAUCGACUUUAGGGACGAGCCUGAGUCGGAAAGCAACAAGGCCAAAGGAUCACACUCGGACGAUCUCAAAUUGUUGAAUGAGAAGCCUGCCGCUCCAGCAAAACCAAACAAGCCGUCCAGCCUACGAAAUUUUUCGACUACGUCAAUGCAAUCUACAAACCACGAUAGAUUAUCGGCUUCGGAUACCGAGGUCCAUGAGACGGGCAAGAAAAAGCCACCACCGCCACCCAAACCUCGACGCGGAGGCGGUAGUGCUAGGUCGGAAAGCUCCAAUAUUGCACCUCUGCCACGAGCACCCUUCUCAUCUCCUCGUCAAAACCAAAAUUCGUCGCAUCUCACAUCUUCGAGCAAGGGGCCCGUUCCCACACCACCUAUAUCACGAACAAAUACGUCUGCGAGUACGGUUUCUAUUAGCCAGUCCUCUGUUCAUGACGAAGGAUAUAUAGCAUCCGCUCGCAGACAAAUUUCAUCUGCGUACAAUGCUCUCCCACCGAUUCGCUCAGUGCCUCCUUCUCGGCCUGCUGAUCAGACAGGCAUCAGCAGUGACAGCAGACCGAAUCCUCCUCUGCCUCCUCGAAGAGGUCUGUCUAGUUAUCCUGCUGCUGCAGCUCGUUGGGCCACUGGCGCCACCGGCGGUGAUCCUGCUGCGGGAGGGGACGGAGGUAUGGUAGGUGGUACGUACGAUAAAAAGCUUGAGAUUUGGAAGAGGAGAUGGGCAAGAGCUGAAGAGAUUAUGCAUCAACGGGGAGUUUUACUUCGGACUUGGAGGGUGGGAAGCGAUGUUAUGGAUGAUUGUGUCAGACUGGUGAAGAAGGAAAUGGAGAGAAGCGAAAGUACGAGUACAAGUACAAGCACUGGUAGCUGAAAGAGUGAAGUACCGAGGACCUAGUACCAUUAUAUGAAUUGACGACAGCGAUGACUCUCAAGCGUUUUUCC